AACAAGGCGACGUUGCGAAGGUCUUAGGCGGUGCGGGCCGGAGUGCGGAGCUAACGGCGCCGCGGAAGUUGGUGUCCUCCCUCUCCGGUCCGCGUCCCUCCCUGGGCCGGGCUGGCAUUCUUGCCUGCCCCUUCCCACAUGGCGCUGCUCCGACGCCCGACGGUGUCCACUGAUUUGGAGAAUGCUGACACUGGAGUUAAUUCUAAAGCUAAGAGUCAUGUGACAAUCAGACGGGCAGUUUUAGAAGAAAUUGGAAAUAGAGUUACAACCAGAGCUACACAAGUAGCUAAGAAAGCUCAGAACACCAAAAUACCUGUUCAACCCACCAAAACAAAUGUCAACAAACAACUGAAACCUACUGCUUCUGUGAAACCAGUACAGAUGGAAGUGUUGGCUCCAAAGGGUCCUUCCAUCCCACAGGAGGAUAUCUCCAUGAAGGAAGAGAAUCUCUGCCAAGCUUUCUCUGAUGCCUUGCUCUGCAAAAUCGAGGACAUUGAUCAUGAGGACUGGGAGAACCCUCAGCUCUGCAGCGACUACGUUAAGGAUAUCUACCAGUAUCUACGGCAGCUUGAGGUUCUGCAAUCCAUAAAUCCACACUUCUUAGAUGGAAGAGAGAUAAACGGACGCAUGCGCGCCAUCCUGGUGGACUGGCUGGUGCAAGUCCACUUCAAGUUUAGGCUGCUUCAGGAGACUCUGUACAUGUGCGUCGCCAUCAUGGACCGAUUUUUACAGGUUCAGCCUGUUUCUCGUAAGAAGCUUCAACUGGUUGGGAUUACAGCUCUGCUUUUGGCUUCCAAAUAUGAGGAGAUGUUUUCUCCAAAUAUUGAAGACUUCGUUUACAUCACAGACAAUGCUUAUACCAGUUCCCAAAUCCGAGAGAUGGAAACACUGAUUUUGAAAGAACUGAAAUUUGAGUUGGGUCGACCUUUGCCACUACAUUUCUUAAGGCGGGCAUCAAAAGCUGGGGAGGUCGAUGUGGAACAGCACACUUUAGCCAAAUAUCUGAUGGAGCUGACUCUCAUUGACUACGACAUGGUGCAUUAUCACCCUUCAAAGGUGGCAGCGGCUGCAUCCUGCCUGUCCCAGAAGGUUCUGUGCCAAGGAAAAUGGAACUUAAAGCAGCAGUAUUAUACUGGAUACACAGAAAAUGAAGUCUUGGAAGUCAUGCAGCACAUGGCCAAAAAUGUAGUGAAAGUUAAUGAAAACUUAACAAAAUUCAUCGAACGCCUGGCCCACUGGGGUGAGGGCCACCAGAAGCAACCCUCAUAAUGUGUCUGUGUCUCAAAGGCAUGGUGGGACCAGGAAUGUCAGUCCUAAAGGACCACCGCUGGAAAACGAAAAUGGGCCUGCGACACCUUGUUAGAGUUGAAGGUUGGAAUGCAUUUUCCUAUUUCAGCCACCUCGUAGGUUACUAUUUGUUAUUAUUUUUUGGUGGGCAGUUGAUCACAUUUAACAUUAUUUUCUACGGGGGAAUGCAUUCUCGGUCUCCAACCACUAACUUAAAAAAAAAAACACCAUAAAAUAAA